AUGGCCCGGCCCGGCCCGGCCCGGAGGCGGCGGGGAGGACCGACCCCGAGGCCCCGGGCUGCCGCGCCGCCUGGGCAGCAGAGGCCGCAGAGCGGGCCGCCCAGCCCGCCCCUCCGCGCCAUGGCCCCGCGCGCCCGGAGGCGCCGCCCGCUGCCCGCGCUGCUUGCGCUCUGCGCGCUGCUCGGCCGGCUGCAGGUGACUUUUCAGAUCACCUCUCCGUGUACUAGCGAGAGGCAUUACGAGCAUCUUGGGCGAUGCUGUCACAAAUGUGAACCAGGAAAGUACUUGUCUUCCAAAUGCGCUGCUACCUCUGAAAGCGUCUGUCUGCCCUGUGGCCCGGAUGAAUACCUGGACACCUGGAAUGAAGAAGAUAAAUGCUUGCUGCAUAAAGUUUGUGAUACAGGCAAGGCCCUGGUGGCCGUGGAGCCCGGCAACCGGACGGCUCCGCGGCGCUGCGCCUGCACCGCCGGGUACCACUGGAGCGAGGACUGCCGCUGCUGCCGUCGCAACGCCGAGUGCGCGCCCGGCUUCGGCGCCCGGCUCCCGGUGCAGCUCAACAAGGACACGGUGUGCGAGCCCUGCCUCGCAGGCUACUUCUCCGACGCCUCUUCCUCCACAGAAGAGUGCAAACCCUGGACCAACUGUACCAUUCUUGGAGAGACAGAAGCACUUCACGGGACCGAUAAAUCAGAUGUGGUUUGUAGUUCUCUUCCACCUACAAAACCACCAAAUGAACCCCAGAUUUAUUUGCCCAGUUUAAUUAUUCUGCUUCUCUUCAUAUCUGUGGCAUUAGUUGCUGCUGUCAUCUCUGGUGUUUACUAUAGAAAAAAAGGGAAAGCACUAACAGCUAAUUUGUGGCACUGGGUCAAUGAAGCUUGCGGCCGCCUAAGUAGAAAUAAGCAGGAGUCCUCAGGCAGCAAUCUUAGCUGCACUCGUGUGGAAGCCCCUAGUCAGCGUGAAAUCUGUGAGGGUGUCUUACUGCUGACUCUGGAACAGAAGAUGUUUUCUGAAGAUAUGUGCUAUCCUGACAGUGGAGGUGCGUGUGCAGGUGGCGGUCCCUGUGUGCCGGGAGAAGACGCUGGGAUGCUCACCCUGGUCAGCGAGAUUGAGCGGGACCCCUUCAGGCAGAUUCCCACGGAAGACGAAUACGUGGACAGGCCCCCCCCGACCCCAGACUCUAUAUUGUUCCUCACUCAGCCUGGAAGCACAUCCACACCGCCUUUCCCUGAACCCCUGGAGGUGGGAGAGAAUGACAGUCUAAGCCAGUGCUUCACUGGGACAGAGAGCUUGGUGGAUUCCGAAAGCUUCCACUUCGCUGAGCCUCCGUGCAGGACUGACUGGAUUCCUAUGUCCUCUGAAAAGUACUUGCAAAGAGAAGUGGAGGGUGGCAAUUGCCCCCACUGGGCAGCCAGCUCCAACUCUGCGGAUGGCUGUGCAGGCUGCAGGAACCCUGCUAGGGAGGACCGGGAACCCCUGAUGGGUUGCCCCCAAAGUGGACCCUUGCCCCAGAGCGCCUAUGGCAUGGGCCUUCCGCCCGAAGCAGCUGAUGGGGCAGAGGCGGGAGGCCAGCCCAUGGAUGGGACUGAUGCACGACUUCCCAGCUCCAUGAGGGGAGGUCCUGGCUCUGGAGGCCCUGCCAGUGACCAGCCGCCUGCAUCAGGAAAUGUGACUGGAAACAGUAACUCCACGUUUAUUUCCAGCGGGCAGGUGAUGAAUUUCAAGGGCGACAUCAUCGUGGUCUACGUCAGUCAGAAUUCGCAGGAGGGUCCGGCGGGGCCGGGCGGCGGCGCGGGGGAGCCGGUGGGCCGCCCGGUGCAGGAGGAGAGCCCGCCGUGCUGCGACUCGUUCGCCGGCCUCGGGCCGCGCUUCCCGGACACGUGCGCCGGCCUCGAGGUGGGCCCGGGGCUGCAGGAGCGAGGCGCCCCCGGGCCCGGCAAGGCCUCGCGGCCGGUGCAGGAGCAGGGGGAGGCCGAGGCCGGCGCGCCCGAGACGCGGCGCUGA